GUCCUCUUCUGAGUUCACUCUUCUGUCAUCCGAGAAACUGACUCUUGCACAACAGUCGAUCGAUCAUGAAUAAGCGUUCGGUGCGUAAGCAGAUUGCUCAGAAUGUAGGUAAUUUUCUGGUGAUCCUCCUGGCAGUGAGUGUCCAAGCAGAUCUAGUGAUCGAUGUGGACAUCACGGGCUGCCAGACGGGGAUGCCCAUCACGCAAGGCGUGGCUCAGACCUUCAAGGUCUCGUCCCUCUACGAACUGCAAAAGGUGGAGAUUUGGAUUCAGCCGGAGCUCGAGUACACCACCUCAUACAACGUGGAGAUUUGGACCAACGCCACACUGCUUUCGCUGGGAUCAUCCGACACUCUGAGCCUCGCCUCAUCCACUGCGGGCACUGCCUCUACAUGGUACGCCUUCUUCUUCCCAGCAGGCCCUGUCGUCCUGAAGCCGGAGCACGCAUACUGGCUGAAGCUCGUGCGCCUGUCACAAUAUUCCGGUGGCUUCUCGUACUGCAACGACGUGUACUCGGACGGCAGCCUGUUCGUCUCGAUGACAGAUCCUUUCCCUCUGAACGACAUGUCAUUCCGCCUGUACGCCGCCCCUCUGCAACUAGCGCACUGGACAUUCAAUGGAGAUUUCGACGAUGCGUCUCCGGCCAAGCUUGCAGCUGCAGUUCCUAUGGGAAGCAACGUCGCUCUGCUGGGCGACUAUGUCAGCAUCCGAUUGCCCGGCUACUUGAACUUGCCUAGCGUGGACAUUCAGAACACGAGCUUCACCGUGGCCUUCAAUAUGCGGGUCCCGACCUCCAUGACCGCGGGCAAGAGUUAUCUCUACGCCGACUGGAGCCCAGGGCAGUGGCAGUUUCUGUCUCAGAUCGACGCUGCCCACACCAUAUCGGUCCAGCUGCGGAGGAAUAUUGAAACGAACGGCGCCAAUCCCGAGCAGGAUCUGGUCGCCGUGACUUCGUCCAUACCCGUGCCUCUGGGCGAGUGGUUCGACGUCGCCUGGGCCUUCGAUCGACCUGCGCGCACUUUGACCUUGUACUUCAAUCAGCAGAGUGUGGGAAGUGCCACCGUUCGCUGUUCUGUCCUGGAUCUCUCUCUCAAAACUAGUAACUCCACGUACUAUCAGUUCGGCCGCAAAGGCGAUGAAGCGACUCAUUUAGAUGCCGACUUGAGGCAUCUCAGAGUUUAUGCCACACCUGACGUCAAUCUCACUUCGCUGUGAUGCCUUCGAUGCGAGGUCAACGUCGAAUGGAAACGGUGUUAGCAACUUUAACUUGUUCCUUCCCGUCUAGAUUCUUCUUCAAGUGCUGGAAAUUUGCACACCGGAUUAUCGAGGGGGUGGUUUACACUGGAAGUGGCCUCGCUUUGUCUAAAUACUGUCCAGUUUCGAUACGUGCAUAGUGUGUGUACAUCGUUUGAGUUCAUAAACAGACCGAUCCAGAUGUUGUCGAGCAGUGCAGACAUCCGUGAAGACUUUUAAAUAAAUGAACUCAAUGCUCUUUCUUUCGUCCUCGGCCUAAAUUUCUUC